AUGGAAUCUGACAAAUUAAGUGAAUUAAAUAGGCAAAUCAAUGAGAUUAAGAAACGAAUUCUAUUAGCCGAGGGUCAAAAGACAGCCAAUGCAGCGGAAUGGCAGAAGCAAAAUCGCAUUAACUGCGACUCCAUUGGAUCCUUAAAGAAGGACAUCAAGGAACUUACGGUAAAGGUAAGUCGGCUGCGCAAUCCGCUCCAACGUCCUGUAGUCAUCAAGGAGCCCAGCACUGAGCCGCGCAAGAAACAGGGUGCCACACCCACCAUAAUCGUAGGCAAGGCCACAUAUCCCAUUGGAGCCAAGAACGCCGAAGAUGCCAUUUUCUUGACUGAUCUGAAGCUGACAGAGAGUCGCAAGCAAAUGGACCUGGUUCGUCAUCGGUUCAAGUCACGGCAGCAACACUUUACCAGGCUUGUUGAGCGAUAUCGCGAGCUAUUGGCCAACAAGGAGGCGCAGAACCAAAACUUGGGAGAGAAACCACCUGAGACACUCGAAGAGGAUUCAAAUCGUAAGCUUGUCUGUCAGUUGGAGAACGAGAUACACCGUACCAAUGUUCAGUGGAUGGAGGCCGAGCACAUUCGUAAAAAGUAUCGAUCCAUCGAGGCUUCCCUCAUGACGGAUGCAGAGCGUUUUGAGCGAAGUCUGCGUGAGUUGGAGCAGUCAUUAAAUGAGCAGAAGACGGAGAUUGAGAGACUGCAGCAGGUGCAUGACGAGGCGAUUGAAAUGCGCGAUGCGGCAAAGGUGAUUCUGCAACGACAGGAGCAACAAGCUAAUUUGUCUCAGAAGACACGUGAACGUCAGGCAUUGGACUUUAGGAAGCAGGUGGAGGCGCGAAAGUUGGAGCUGGAGCGCAUUGGACGAAAGCUGUUCGCCGAGACCAAGACAUUGGUCCAUCAAGACAGCGUGGGUUCCAGUUCGGGGGAUCAGCACACCGCCAAGACAGAGAAUGGAGAGGAGGAGCCAGUGUCGCAGCUAGAAAGCGUUACGAGCGACAUGGAGUCCCUCUUCAAACAGCUAAUGGAAGCAUCUGGUGCCACCUCUCCCUACGAGGUCUUCGAGCGCUUUAGCGCCCAAAAAGAGUCGGCUGCUCGACUCACAUAUCUGCGAAAAGCCGCCGAAGCCGAGAAGGCUAAUCUGGAGGCAGAACGCGAGGCGCUCACCAGCGAACUAGAGGCAUCCAAGUUCUCAGACGUGAAGGAAAGUGAAGUGAACCAGGAGGUCAUUGAACAGAUCAAGACUAAUAUUGCUGUAAUGGAGCAGGAUCGCAAGAAAGAUACUGACGCAGCCGACAAGUCCAUGUGUGUACUCAAGUACCUCAAAGAGCGCAUUUGCGAGAUGAUCUUCAAGGUACAGGAGGUGGACGAGAGCAACAUCGAUAUGCGAGAGCGUAAAAUACACAUCAGCGUUGCUGAGCUUCCCAACUUUCUAACACAUACAGCCCAGGACGAGGACUUGAUUGAGAUACUCAAGUUGAAAAUCAAGCGAUGCCAGGAGCUGAGCAAACCCGAGGACGUACCGCCACUUGAGAUUCCGAAACUUGAUCUAGAGGACGACGAGGACGACGUCUACCAAUUGGAGCCCCCCAAGUCGCCAUCAGUACUCGAGGGCGAGAAACCGCAGCCCAUGCCCUUGUGCUACUACAAUCUAUUCGCUGGUCGAGCACAGCGGGCGGCAGGCACUUCGUCAUCCUCGCCUGAACAGGCUCCGGCAGUGGUGGCAACAGCAGACGACGAGAACGAGGUGCCUUCUCGAAACUACCUCAAACGCCAAUCCGUCCUCAUUGUGGACUCGAAGUCACGGCGAAAACCAUUCAGACCGCCACCUGGCGGCAGGCGCAAGUAGUUUGAUAGACAUAC